AUGGCAGAAGCGACCAACGAGUACAAACGUGAAGAGCGCAGUCACAUGGAGGGCGGCGACAAGCAAAACAACAGCAGUAGCGACGACAUUUUGAAAUUUUUAACCAAAAGAAUACUCCAGAAUGAUCGAAACAAUGGAUGCGGCGUCUCAGUUGAGAGCUUCGCAAAAAUCAUACCGUGUUUCGAUGGGGUAUCGAUUCCGAUUAGGCAGUGGCUGAAUAACUUUAAUGAAAAUUCGGAAGCAUAUGAGCUGAACAGUAAGCAGAAAUAUUUAAAUGCACGCAAUAAAAUGAAAGGCGCGGCAGCUUUGUUCUUAGAAACAAUCACAGUUUCGAACUAUGAUUCUCUUUGCGUAGCGUUGUUAAAUGAGUUUGAACAAAAACUAAACAGCGCUGAAGUACAUAAACAGUUGGCAACGCGUAAAAAACUAAUUUCCGAAAAUUUCCAUGAGUAUGUUUUACAAAUGCGAAAAAUAGCAGCACUUGGCUGUAUUGAAGAAGAGUCGGUAAUUGCAUACAUAGCUGACGGUGUAGAUAUUCGCGAGGACAGGAAAUAUCCUCUUUACAGUGCAACAUCGUAUAAGGAAUUGAUAAAAGCGGACGAAUUAAUAAUCUCAUUAAAUAGAAAUUUAAUGCAAAAUAAACGUCGUUCUUCAGCAAAUACACAGGCGCAACACGGUGAAAACUCUAGCAACGCCGAUCGUAAGCCGCUGCGCUGUUUUAAUUGUGGUUCAACACAACACAAAAGAGCCGAAUGUAGGGAAGAUACCAAGUGCUUCAGAUGCAAUGGCAGCGGCCAUACAUCCAAAGACUGUGUUGUUGUAAAACAAAGUGUUAGUGUCGUGAUAGAUGAAAAGCGAAUUAAACAGAUGAAAAUCAGAAACGAGAUAUUAUCCUUCUUGGUGGAUACUGGAUCUGAUAUCUCCCUGAUGCGUAAAGGCGUUUUCGAUGCAAAAUUUAGUAGAUGUUCGUUGAAAAAACGUUUUACUAGGUUGUUCGGUUUGGGAAAUGUCGCAACAGUUGUUUUGGGUGAGUUUAACGCUGAAGUUAACGUCGACAGGCUGCAUACGCAACACACGUUUCUUCUUGUUCCCGAUACGACGAUAAAUGUUGGCGUAAUUGUAGGCUACGAUUUUUUAAAAAAGUUCAGCGUGACCUUAAAUGCUGGUUAUGACACUUUUGCACAAGCGGGCGAGAAAAACGAUUACAAUGCUUACAACGUAGUCGAACAUAAUCCGGAAAUUAACGUAGAACUGAAGUACAGAGAUGCCGUAGAGAAGCUGAUACACAAGUAUAAGCCAUCGAACGUCCAGUCGAGUUGUCCCAUUAAGCUGAAAAUUGUACCAAACUGCAGCAAUAUCGCCUUCCGUCCAAGUCCAAGUCGUUUAUCAGCACCAGAAAGAGAAGUGGUGCGAAAGCAAGUAAACAAAUGGUUACAGCAGGGCAUAAUACGCGAGUUAUUUUCUGAGGUUGCUAGCAAAAUCGUGUUGGCUAAAAAGAAGGAUGACUGUUACAGGCUGUGCGUAGAUUUUCGCAAGUUGAACACAUUGGUUCUAAAAGAUAGGUUUCCAGUACCAGUCGUAGAAAAUGCAAAACGCCAAAUACUUUACCGUGAUGGACCUAAAAAAUGGGGGUUUCCACGUCGAAAUAGAUGA